AUGUCUUUAAAUUUCGGGAUCAACAAUAUCACCAGAGGUAAUAAUCAAUCAUAUAAAGAUAAGCCAGUGUCGAAAUCACUUCCGCUAUACUACAAAGACAAAUCACCAUUUCAUCCAAAACACCCACAUAGUAAACGAAGGAGGAAAAUUUUCAUGUUAUUGAAAGGUUUCAUUUACUCACUAGGUUUAUACCUUGUGUACUAUCUAGCUAAGAAUCAUUUGUUUCUGUCAUCGGAUUCAUCAUUGGUGUUCAAUAUGUUCAAUUCUGGUACCCCAUCAUGGAAGACCGCACAGCUAGAAGUUCGACAAGCGAUGUUGGAUUCUUGGCAUUCGUAUGAAAAGUAUGCUUGGGGGUACGAUGUGUACCAUCCUAUUAAACAACAAGGAGAGAAUAUGGGGCCACAGCCAUUGGGCUGGAUGAUUGUUGAUUCAAUAGAUACAUUGAUGAUUAUGGAUUGUAAAGAAGAAGUUGAUAGAGCCAAAAAGUGGAUUAAAGACGACUUGGAUUACAAAUUUGACUACGAGGUAAAUAAUUUUGAAACUACGAUAAGAAUGUUGGGAGGGUUGUUAUCAGCAUUCCAUUUAAGUGGUAAUGACGAUGUUUAUCUCGACAAGGCAGUUGGUUUGGCAAAUUCUUUACAUGGUGCUUAUGAUAGUCCAUCAGGAAUUCCUUACUCUUCAGUAAACUUGAAAACAGGUGCUGGUAUCAAAAACCAUAUGGAUGCCGGUGCAUCUUCUACAGCUGAGGCCGCGACAGUACAAUUGGAGUUGAAAUAUUUGGCAAAAUUGACAGGUGAGGUGGAUUGGUGGGAGAAGGCAGAAAUGGUUAUGCAAGUUCUUGAAGCAAACAAGCCUAAAGAUGGAUUGGUUCCUAUCUAUGUUAAUACGGAUACUGGUAAGUACCAAGGAAAUUUGAUAAGGUUGGGUAGUAGGGGCGAUUCAUAUUAUGAGUACCUUUUGAAGCAAUAUUUGCAAACAAGCGAGGAGGAGCCAAUAUAUUACGAUUUGUACCGUGAAUCAGUUGAGGGAGUGAGGAAACAUUUGGUUAAGAAGUCUUAUCCGAAUGGGUUGACUUUUAUUGGUGAAUUAGAUAAGGGUAUUGGUGGUCCAUUUUCGCCCAAAAUGGAUCAUUUGGUAUGUUUUUAUGGUGGAUUGUUAGCUGUGGGUGCAACCAAUGGGUUGACAUUGGAUGAGGCUAAACACCAAAAGUGGUGGACCGAGGAAAGAGCCCUGGAUUUCAAGUUUGGAGAAGAAUUGACAUACACUUGUUAUAAAAUGUAUCACGAUGUUUCCCCCACCGGUUUGUCCCCAGAAAUUGUUGUAUUCAAUGAGGACACAACAAAAGAACAGGAUUUUAGAAUAAAACCAUUGGACAGACAUAAUUUACAAAGACCUGAAACUGUUGAAUCACUAUUCUAUUUGUACAGGUUGACUGGGGAUGUAAAGUAUCGUAAAUGGGGUUACGAGAUUUUCCAAAACUUUAUCAAAUAUACUAGAGUGGUAAAUGAGCACGGAGAGAUCAGUUUCACUUCCUUGAGUGACGUCACUAGCUUGAAACCAGAUGGAUCACCAAAAUUCAAGGAUAACACCGAGAGCUUUUGGUUUGCAGAAACCUUAAAGUAUUUGUACUUGUUAUUUGAUGAUGAGAACAGGAUCCCCUUAACGGAGUACGUUUUCAAUACAGAGGCUCAUCCUUUCCCCAAAUUCAAUACAAAUGAGCAUUUAAAAACUGGUUGGAGAAGACAAGUUGAUGAAUCCAUCAAACCACAAAUGAGGGAGAAUCAGGCUAAUAGCGGAUCCAAACAAAAGGUACCACAAGCGCAACCAGUUGAUGACUCUAUUGAGAAAGAAGUUGAAAGUGCAUUAAAGGAAAACCCAAAGUUGGCAAAAGAGGGUAAAGAGGAGACCAAGAAAAAGUUGAACGAAUUGGUCAAGGAGAUGGAGUGA